AUGUCUUAUGGUCGACAUCCUUAUCCUGAAUCUUAUGUAAAUGGUCUCUCAUCAAAUCGAUCAAUAAUAAUAAAUCCUGCAGAAGAAUUACCAGCAAAUCAUUCGAAUUCCGAUGCUUUAACAUUAAAACUUCAAUCAGCAUUACUUAAACGUCAACAAUCAUUAGGUUAUGAUAGAAAUAUUAAUAUUCAACGUUCACCUGAAUCAAAUAUAAACAAUCGUGGCUCAAUUAAAAUAAAUAAUAAUAAUAAUAAUAAUCAAUCAAAAUGA